AUGGCGCCUCAAGCACAAGCUCCUUGUAUGGUGGAUGAUCAAGAAUACGAGAACGAGCUCGUCCAAGUUCUCGCUGAAAGUGGAAUCAAGCAAGUUCCACCAAGUUUUGUGCAAACUGUGGAGGAUGCUGCCAAUCAAGGGGACCUCAUACCCGUCAUUGACAUGGCCGCGCUUAGAGCUGAUUCUAGAAGAGAACUCGAGCUCGCCAAGCUCGCGAGCGCCUGCCAGGAAUGGGGCUUCUUUCAGGUUAUCAACCAUGGAAUGGCAAGCACAAGAUCUAUUCUAAAAUCUGCCAGGGACUUCUUUGAAUUGCCGCUGGAGAUGAAGAGAACUUGGCAGAAAGUACCAGGCCAAAGUGUUUCUAACAUCGAAGGAUAUGGUCGCUACAAUACCUCUUCUCAGACCAUCUCUGACUGGGUAGACGUCCUGGUCGUGUACACUGAGCCACCAUCAUGCAAAAACAUUGACAAAUGGCCACUGCAACUCAGAGAAGGCAUUGAAAGUUACAGUGAUGAUCUCAAGGAACUUGUACUGGAGAUGAAUUGUGCUAUAUCGGAUACACUUGGAUUAUCUGGAGAUUACAUCAACAAAAUGUGUGGUGAAUACUCAUCUGCGCUUCGAAUCAACUUCUAUCCUCCAUGCCCAGAGCCAGAUAAAGCUCUGGGAGUAAGUCCACACUCGGAUGGUUCAACCAUCACUGUCCUUUGCGAGGAUUCGGGCCAUGAAGCUUUACAGGUAAGAAAAAAUGGAGAUUGGGUAUCUGUGAAAGUUGUUCCAAAUUCUCUCAUUGUCAACAUAGGAGACAUUGUCCAGGUGAUUAGCAAUGGAAAGUACAAAAGCGUGGAGCAUAGAGCAGUUGUCAGCUCUGAACAUGAUCGAAUUUCAGCAGUUAUGUUUAAUUAUCCAUCUAUGAAUUCGCACGUGGAAAUCUUUCCAGCGCCGCCACUUUGCAAGGAUCACCCUGCUCUAUACAAGUCGUUCACUUACUAUGAAUAUCUUUCAUUCUAUUUGAACCAAAAGGCUCCUGGGAAGGCUCGAGUAGAUUCUCUUUUGAUCUGA